AGUUGUAAAAACUGUUCAUAACAACAACAAACAGAUUUUCUUGAAUGCGACUCUGAGCUGGACUGUUUACAUGACCAUGGUGUCUGUGGUGGAGGUGCUGAGUCUGCUGCUGGUUUCUGUGCUCUGGGGCUGCACUAACCCCUUCCUGAAAAGAGGCACAGAGGGGAUAGAACAUGUGGAAAAGACCAACAGAGUGUCUCAGCUGCUGGCAGAGGUCAAGUUUCUGUUCCUUAACCUCAAGUACUUAGUUCCAUUCCUCCUGAACCAGAGUGGAUCAUUGGUCUACUAUUACACUCUUUCAACUACAGAGCUAUCACUUGCAGUUCCUGUGGCCAACUCUCUUACUUUUCUUUGCACUCUACUCACUGGAAAGUUACUGGGCGAAGAGUUUGGAGGGAAACAGGCCGUUGCAGGGAUGUUCCUCACCAUGGCCGGCAUCACUCUGUGUGUUAUGAGCUCCAUGGAUGACUCUGUGAAGCAGAAUGUGACCGAGGCAGAGCUCUAACAGCGAUCGCGCAUUUGAUGAGGAUGAGGAUCGGGAUCAGGAGGCCUCCUUUUGCUGCGCUGGAAGCCAGAAAAGAAGGGAGGAGGGUCAGCGCAGAGCUAGAGCUGGAGCUGGACUGGAGGGGCCAAUUUAGAUUCAGGCCGCGACUUCUCUGAGCGGUUCUGGUGGGAGAAUUCUGCCUAAAUGAACUCAGCGUGAGCUUCAAAAGGACCUGUCCAGAAACUCUCACACUAUGUUGGAGGGGGACGGGUUCAUGUAGGGUUCACCCCAGAGCUGGACUAGAUUUAUGGCUCUUUUAUAGAAAACUGUGGUUGUUAACUUUUACUUUUAGGCGCUGUGUUGCCGAGCCAUGUGACACUGCAUCUGCAUAAAGCUGGAGAAACCACAUUCAAAUACAUGGAACAAUUAGGUGUCACCUCCUGGUUUAACACGGGCAUUAAAUUGCAGCUGCCGUCUGUCAGCUGUGGGACGGGACACCAGAGAGGGCAAAUUACUGUUUACCUCCAGGACAGAGCUGUUUUUAUUUAGUUUUUGACCUUUUCCUCCAACCCUUUGCAGCUUCGCGUUCAGUAAAUGACAUAUUAGCAAAGUCACAGAAGUGGUUUUAAAAAAAAAACAGACACUUUAUCUCAUAGUUCCGAGUUACUAUCUGAUGUUAGGAUCUUGUAAUUAUGAGAAAAACCGAGCUUAGAUAUUAGUCAUUAUCACAGAACAUGGAAGAGAUCGAUAAAAGUGCUUGUUUUUCCAUAGUACUUUUCAAUAUAAAGUAGAUGAAGCUCUAAAAUCCAAUAAAAAGAGGAGUCACUGGGUCACAAGACAUGGCAGCUACUUAAAAACAAUGCUUCAGUAUAUACUUAUUUAUCAAUGCUUUAUGUGAAGAGUGAAAUGUACAACUCAUAAUAUAUUUUCAUUGUGAGAGUCAGAAUAUUUAACAGACACAAGAAACUGUUCAGAUGAUGUUUUUAUUGUGAUCUUUGUUGUGCUAUUUUAAGAAUAAAUUUGGCAAAACAUG